UUUUUUUUUCCUCUUUUUCUUUCUUAUCUUUCUUGUUUUCAUCCAGACUUUUUGUAGUUGGAAAUGGAACGACUGAAUGACAACAACAACAAUGGUCUGACCUCUGAACAAACACAACAAAGGCUGUUGAAUCGUGUAUCCGGGUUCUUUUUUAACAAACGAAGACCCGACGAAGACGAAGAUGAAAAUGAAGGGCCAUCCAGUACCAGCCAUUUAUCGCACCGAGCAAUAUCCUCCGAUCCCAUGAUAGAAGACGAUAGAGCUACCACGGCUUCACGAGUCGAUUCCAUGUUUUCUUCUUUCCAAUCACAGCAAUCCAAUCGGCCCAAUCCAAAUACCCCUCCCCCUUUGCGCACCGUUGAACUCGAUAACACGAUUGUGCACAAAUCCGAUACCCCACCUUCGCCACCUUCUUCCUCCUCCAGUCCCUUACCUUCUUCUUCUUCAUCUUCUUCCAGAAAAAAUGCUACGUCCCCCGGUGAUGACGUGGAUGCCGCUUUCGAAAAGCUUUUGCAAGAAUAUGCGUUGCCCGCCAACCUCAAACCGAGCUUAUCGCAGUUGUCAAGAGAACAGAAAGCAGUCUUACUUCAGUCAUCGCAGUCCAGAAUGCUGUUACGCAAGAACUCGUCCUUUUCAACGAAAUCGUUUUCGUUGGCCGCUACCUUGGGAAUUCAUAAAAAGGGUCGGAACAGCCUUAACAAGUUAUUCACGCCACCCGCCUCAUCCGAGGAUAGCCUUGCCUCUUACGCGUCCUCACCAUCGAUGAAAAAACCACCAGGGACUUCGGGUCGAUCGGGCCAUCGACCUCGAACCUCGCUUCUCAGUGGUGGUGGGUCGUAUGGCGAAUCGUCGUCUUCAUCCGCUCACGGAGGUCGAACCAUGCGAAGCAAGCUUAAAUCCUCGCCCGAGUAUUUCGUGCAUCUUCUUUCCGAAACCCCCGUACGGCAAUUGGAAGAGGCUGAUAUUUUGGAUCUACGCGUCUUCCUGCGCAACGUUGUCGUAAGUUGGACGACCGAGUUUUUAGCCAAAGGCGGCUAUGAAGUCAUAUCGGACCUAUUCCGACAGAUGAAAGAAAUCCCAAAAAGGUACAUGCUUUUACCCCCUACUUUGAAUUUUUUUUUCUUCAAUAGCGAUCGUUUUAACUCAGAUCUUCAUCACUGUAGAAUGCCAAACGACGAUAAAAUGCUUCAACACUUGGCCAAGUGCUUCAAAGCUAUCAUGACUCAUGAGGCAGCCGGAAUUGAAAAGGUGCUGACCGAGCCUUCCGCUUUGGAGCAUAUCCGUGAUUUGUUAUUUGGACCUGGCAAUCAGAAACAGAAAGCCAUCUAUGGUCUGGAAGUGACGACACGAAGUUUGUUGCUCAAUCUUUUGUGUACUCUUGCUAGUUUACAGACCAAACGUACAAGCACCACCCGAUACGUCCACGGCUAUGAUGUUCUGCGCAAUUUACUGCUUGACCGACCCCAUGAUACCCCUUCGGACGAAAGCGCGAACAAAGAGCUUCCGUUCCGUAUGUCGCUCAAGACAGAUACCAAAGCGGUGAUGCGCAUGAUUCUCGAGAAUGAAGCUGCCGCCGAGGCCGCAGCGGAUGAGAACUUGCAGCCGCGAUAUACCGCAUGGAUGCGAGAGAUUCAAUACACGGUGGAUCGUCAUAUCGAACCAAUCACAUUUUUGGCUCAAGUCCUGGAUUACAAAUUUGAGAGCGCUUUUCGCCAGUUGAAAUUAAAACCUCAAGAUAAAAAACCGGAGGACGAAGCACCAAAGUCACCCGAUGAUCCCAACCAAGAUGCUUCAGGCUCAGUCAUGGUGGAUGAAGGCGUCGUUGACUAUCUCAUUACCCAUCUUCGGUUAAUAUGCACCAUCAUCACGACACCGGCUACCACCUAUCAAGGCAUCUAUGAUGAGCGGGAACAAGAAAAAGUGCGGUUAGAAAUCAUGUUAUCCGGAUUUGAUAAAAUCUCAAAGGCUCUUCGAGGAUGUCCUCAUCCGACGCUGUAUGCAUCUUAUAUUCGCUAUUUGCAACCCCUCUUGAAACCUUGGGCCGAUCUAUCGGUGCCAUCGGUUUCUGCCACCACGGCUUCGUCCUCUUCUUCCUUACAUCCACCUCCUCGCCAUCAUAAAUCCAACCAUUCUUCUCCCGACCCCUCUACAUCUCGAAAUCCCUAUGAAACUGAUAAGCUAUCGAACGCUUCUGCCAAGAAUGCCAUGCACCGAACCUCGUUCCUCGGAGAUGCUGACAGCUGCUUUGAUACACCAUUCCUAGAUGAAGAAGAGGAUCCAGACUUAUACCCGGGUUCAAUUGCAGAUGAUCCGAUGUGGAUAGACGAAGACGACGACUUGGCUAGUCUCGAUAAUUACGACGACAUCUUUGAUGAGGAUGAGGAGAUCGUUUACUACGAGGACGAAGAGGAGCCUCCCAACCUUGAUCGCGAAUACAAAUGGAAGGCUGCCGUAAGAUAGAAAGAUAAAGAAAAAAAACGAACCUAUACUCGUUAGUCGCCUCUAUUUAUCAGCUAGGAAAAUGUUAACAUAAAAAAUGCAUACUAUUUUAGCUCGCGCUAAAACGGGUGAAAGUCACAUCAUAACAUUCUUUUUUUCUUUCGGCAAUACAACCGCCGUCAAAGAGAGACGAUCGCAAAUUAUAGUCUGCAAAAAGUUCACAAAAUUUUAGGAACAGAGGUUGCGAUAAU